CCAAUCGCGCCCGGCCCGCCGCCUCCCCCCACCGGGGCCCCACGCAACCUCCCCCGCCGAGCCCCGAGCCAGUUGCACCAUGCCGCGCUCUUUCCUGGUAAAGAAGAUCAAAGGGGACGGCUUCCAGUGCAGCGGGGUGCCGGCCCCCACCUACCACCCUUUGGAGACCGCCUACGUGCUGCCUGGUGCCCGGGGGCCUCCAGGGGACAACGGUUACGCCCCGCACUGCCUGCCCGCAAGCAGCUACGAUGCGGACCAGAAGCCGGGCCUGGAGCUGGCUCCGGCCGAGCCCGCGUACCCGCCGGCGGCGCCGGAGGAGUACAGCGACCCCGAGAGCCCGCAGUCAAGCCUGUCGGCACGCUACUUCCGCGGGGAGGCGGCCGUGACCGACAGCUACUCCAUGGACGCCUUCUUCAUCUCAGACGGGCGCUCGCGGCGGCGACGGGGCGGGGGCAGCGGGGACGCGGGGGCCGCUGGGGCCGCCGGGGGCGCCGGGGGCCGCGCGGGGCGCGCUGGGGCGCCGGCGGGCGGCGGGCACCGGCACGCGUGCGCGGAGUGUGGCAAGACGUACGCCACGUCGUCGAACCUGAGCCGCCACAAGCAGACGCACCGCAGCCUGGACAGCCAGCUGGCGCGCAAGUGCCCUACGUGUGGCAAGGCGUACGUGUCCAUGCCUGCGCUCGCCAUGCACGUGCUGACGCACAACCUCCGCCACAAGUGCGGCGUGUGUGGCAAGGCCUUCUCGCGGCCUUGGCUGUUGCAGGGGCACAUGCGCUCGCACACUGGCGAGAAGCCGUUCGGCUGCGCGCACUGCGGCAAGGCCUUCGCCGACCGCUCCAACCUACGCGCUCACAUGCAGACGCACUCGGCCUUCAAGCACUACCGCUGCCGCCAGUGCGACAAGAGCUUCGCGCUCAAGUCCUACCUCCACAAGCACUGCGAGGCCGCCUGCGUCAAGGGCGCCGAGCCGCCCCCGCCUCCCCCCGCCGGCCCAACAAGCUGAGCCUUCCGCUUCGCCCGCGCGCCCGGAACUCGCCCUCCGGGCCCCCUACCUGCAUCCGCAGCGCCCUCUCCAAUCCCCAGCUGCGUUUCCCUGCCUACUCCCCUCGAAGGAAACCCCGUCCCAGCCCGGAAUUUUUCUCUCCAGCCCCCAAACCCAUAAGUCACUUCCAACAUUUUACCCCAGCGCCCCUGACCCACACCGACCUUUCCAGCCACCACCUGGACCUUGAUCCCCUGUCCGCGCCUUCAAGGCUCCCAACUCAGGCACCAGGUCCGCACCCCUUCCCAGGCCUCAGAGCCAGAAAUUUCUCCUGCCCAAUCCCUGCACCGCUCUCCUAACUUUCAGACCUUUUCCCUCACUUUUCAGCUGAGUCUCUAACCAUUCCUCUGUUGGAGCCCCCAAUCUAAACCCCAAACAUACCCUUGACGCCUAUGCCUGCCUCAGUUUCCCUAUCCAUACUUGGACGCAGCACCUGUAGCCCUCAGACCACAAUCCAACCCUAGACCAUCCCUCUGGAGUCUUUGCUGAGUCCCCCUGUGUGAGUCCAUCUGGGGAUCUGAUCUUCAUCCUUCCUGGAGUCUCCAGUCUGUCCUAGAUCCCCCGCAUGCCACGGUUCAUACACACACCCCACACAUCUUCCACUCUCUCCAGUCUUCGGGGGCCUCAUCACCCACUCCCAGCCCCUACUCUCUCCAGAUCCCCUCAUCCCUCUAGCGUCUCUCACCCCUCCGAGUUUACCUAGCCUGGAGAAAACUCUUGAGAGAGUUUAGGGCCCUCUCCUAUCCCAGGACAGCCCUUCCCUGGACUUCCAGUCUCCUGUUCCCAGCCACCCUCCUCCCAGAAUCUCUGAGCAUUUUUCCUCCUCCCCAGAACACAGGUACCCCUCCUUAUUUGUUGGGGGAAGGCCUGGAGCACCUCACCAAUGCCUUUCCCCUUGUCCAGCUGGGCCCUCCAGUUAUUUAUUUGUGUAUUUGUUUAUUUAUCUAUUUAUUAUUCUAUUUAAUCUCUUGGCCUCACCUAGGUAUAGUCUGGCUUCCCCAGCUGGACUGGGAGGUCAGGGAGCCAGGCAAGGAGAGGGGCAGCAAAGGCCAGAGCAGGCUGCACGCGCGCGCUCUCCCCACACCCCCCCCACACAAUCUGUCUCGGGAGAAGCUCCACCCUAAUCAGAGCCUGAACUCACUAAGAAAGGGGACUUGAGAAUGGGAGGGACAGCCUGCUGACCCUCAAGGAGAUGGGGGCGGAGGCGGUGAGGAAGUAUCAGGAGGUCCGGUCAUGGGGCAGGUCCCCAUCCUCCUAAGUCUUCCACUCCAACUCCAUGGAGCCCAGGGAGAGGAGGCUCCUCAAUUUGUUUCCUAUUUAUUCCUCUUAUCUAGAGACCCCAGGUUCCAGGGACCGACUGAGCCCCGGACCCACUGGGGCCUCCUGCCUGCUCCCCGGGAGGAGCACUCUCUCCCAGCCAUGUCUAUGCAACUCUCCCAGGCAGAGGGGCCGGGGCUGCCAGCCACCUGCCCGUUGGCCGCCACUACCUCCUCCCCUGCGCUUUUGCAUGCCCGGGCGAGGAUCGAAGCACACACCUCCACUCGCAAGGGCCCUGGCCCUCUCUGCUUUAAGCACACGCCUCUGCCUCAUCGCUCUGCGCCCAGCUAGUGGGCCAGGCCUGAGUCCAGGACUCUCGGACUCCUCCUUCCCCUCCCCCUAGCCACAAAAAAAGGGCGGGGACUUGAGGAUGCGGGGCAGGGGCACUUCUCUAGGGCUUCGGAGGGGCAAGUGGGCCUUUGCCCAGCUCUAGGCCCAGCGGGAAGGGAGGCUGCAGGGAUGGUGGGGAGGAGAGGGGUCACAGAAGCAAUUAUGGAGGGUGUUGACCCUGUAAAUAGGAACUUCUGACAGCAAUAAUUUUCCAUGCAUGCUAAGCCUUUUGGCCAUAUUUUGUAUGAGCGCUUGGCGCUCCCCCUCCCUCCUCUUCUCCUAACUGACCCCCAGGGCCCCCUCCCUUCCCCACCUUCAGCAGUAUUACUUGUAACGCAAUUCAGGGAUAUUAAAGGGAC